AUAAGGACAAUAUUUCAUUCAUAAAUUAAUUUCUAUUUCACUUAUCACGACAAAAUUUAAAUUAUAUAGUAUCAUUAAAAGCUACAAACUACUUGCAUUUUGGAUCGACCUAAUCAACCAUUACUGAGACCUGACAAUAAAUGCGAGACGUUUACAAGUUUUGUUUUAAAUAUACAUUUAUAUUUUUAUACAUAUAAGAAUAUUAUUUUUUCUAGGGCUGUUGUCUCUUAGAAUUUGGCAACACUGGUAAGAACCAAGGGAAAAUCUGCCACACUAUGACGGGAAAAUAGCGAGAAAAUGAAAAUCAAUCAAUACUGUCUCUCCUCUGUUAAAUGUUCUACUAUUAUUUGUUUAGGUUCGGAUUGAAUUUCUGAAUACCUGGUUGUAAUAAAGUUUUCGUAUGACUUAAUUUUAAUAAUAAUAUGGCAAGCUGAACGUAAGGAAAGCUGAACAGCACAAAAUAAGUAUGAGUUCACAAUCUUUGCCUAAAGAAUUCGAAAGAUCUACUGAGGUAUUGCCUAUAGUGACUUAUGGAAUUUCUACAAUAGAAGACUUACGAAGAGCAGAAGCAGAAAUACACCUUUUAGAAAAGUUGAAGAGAGCUGGACUCUCUUCUGAGGAAGUGAAGCUAUACCGUGAAAACGAAACUGGUGGUAUAGAUAAGCAAACCAAAGUGGAAGCAGCAGUUCUCAAGCAGAGAUUGGAGGUCAUUUAUGAGAAAAUUAGUGAUUAUGAAAAAUCGUUGAGCCAAAAGCAGUCAGAUGAAGAACCAAGUACAUCAACAUCAAAAGACAUAUUUGAGAGGCUCAGAGACAAACCCAUAACAAUUUAUCCAGAUCCGCACCAUCCUAUGAACAACAUCAAAGACAUAGAAAAAAAUUUAUUUAGCCAUCUAAAUGCUGAUGUUACACCUCUGACAAAAAGACGAAAGGAGUUACGCCGUUUCGAACGAAAAGAAGAUAAAAUAUUAAGUAGAGAUGGGCAUAUGGAAAUCCCAACAGUUCCCAUACAAACAGUGAACAGAGAGGGAAGUUUGUGGGAUGUCAAAGAAUUGCAGAAAAUACCAAAGAAAGAGCAAGUUAUGCCGAUAAUUGGUCCAGUAGAAAAGAAGCCUGUGAUGUAUUCAAUAAGAAACAAUAAGAUUGUGCGUUUGGAGCCACUUCCGGGGGACCGGGUGCACAUUGAGGAAUACAGAGCAGUAGAUAUCAUAGCACCAGUCAAUAAUGCCGAGAGGGAGCUGCUGGAAGGUACUAAAAUGGCAGUUGAUGACAUAAGGAAAAUGGAGAGGUUUAAGAACUAUGAGCCUGGGAUACCGUCAAAGGUGCUAUAUCUUAAGAAUGUGGCUCCGGGGGUGUCCCGUGAGCAGCUGGGGCUGCUGUUCAACCAGUUCACACUCGCCAAUGGGGGCCCGGUGGACGUCAGGCUCAUGGCUGGCCGGAUGAGGGGACAGGCUUUUGUGUCGUUUUCCAACGAGGAACUAGCAAUCCAAGCGUUGGAAGAAAUAAACGGAACCAUUUUGAGUGGAAGACCGGUGAUUGCGGAAUUCGGGAGAAACAACAACACAAACAGAGAAGAUGCACAUAUGGAGAAUAUGUCCGAUUCGAGCCAGGACAGUAAUAACGAUGAUGAUAACCAUUCUGUACCAAACGUUGGAUAAAGUGUUAAGGCUGCGAAACUGUUCGCCGAAUUAUGACGGAUUCUGCGUACAUUGCUGGUUUUCAUUGCGGGAGUAUUAGUUCACUGCGUUUGCAAGUACUUGCCACUAAAUGGCCCUAGGAAAUGGUAUAAGGUUUUAGACGACUUAUAUAAGCAUAUCGUUGUACUCCGACGCGAAUGCAUGAACAUUGCGUGCCAAAAUGCAUACCAAUUCCGUCAAAGGUCGGCGAACUUUUCCUCGAUAGUGUAAAUCCGGCAUGACACCAGUGUGUGCACUAUACCAUAGAGAAGUACUACGAGUGCCUAGAAAAAUAGACGUAUUGAGUAGUAGACAUACUAAGUCCUACAUAUUAUACAUAUUAACCAUUAUUCUGUUAACUCUAAGACAGUAUCACAUGCUAUAAGAACUACUUUGAGGUCCGAUAUUGACUUAUUAUUAUACAGAAUUAUUUAAAUAAAAUUAUAACUCCUUUUAACAUCGCGGGUUAAUAAAUUUGCCUAUUUACAGACUAAAAAUAAAGUUGGCUACAAAAACCAUGGACUCGAAUAUUUCCAAAAUUGUGUUCCUUCGAGUUUUAACUCAAAUAUUAAUUAUUAUGUGUAUAAUCACUUAUCAUAGAUCAGUUUGGUGUUUAUAGAUGGAAAUGUAUGUAUUUGCUAGCUAUUAAGUUUAUUUAUUAAUUAAAAAUUACAUUUUACUAAUAAGUAUUCAAUGUAAGUUUGAUCAUCUCAAUGUUCCAAAUAUACAUACUGUGCAAUUUG